AUGGUUUCCAAAAUACAGGCAGAGGAUGAGAAAUCCUCAGAAGCACAGUCGUCUCUGAUUCUUCCCUCACUUCCUGAAGAUGUAAUCAUUGACAUCUUAGCGCGUUUAUCAAGAUUCGACUAUCCAACACUCUCCCUUGUUUCCAAGCACUUUCGGUCACUUGUUACUUUGCCUGAGCUAUAUGCAAGAAGAUCCUUGUUGGACUGCACCGAGAACUAUCUCUAUGUUGUCCUCUGUGACAUAAGCACCUCCUCCUUUUUUUACCGUUGGUGUAUCCUCUGCCGGAAAGCCAACGACAGUCACAGCUUGGUCCGUGCCCCCUCGACGUUUCCUUAUUUGUAUUAUCCUGAAAGCUCUGUGGCAGUGGGUUCGAGGAUAUAUGUUUUUGGUGGGAUUGACGAUAAAUAUAUGACGACAGAAGCGUUUAGCUUGGAUUGUAGAUCCCACACAGUGGAACCCAUCCCAAGCAUGCCUGUUGCUUUGGUUUGUAAAUUCGCUGCCUUCAUCGACGGGAAAAUAUAUGUUAUUGGAAUUGGAUGUUGCUAUAGAAAGACUGAGAUGGUGGUGUUCGAUAUAGAAACGCAAAAGUGGGAGCAUGCAAUGAUUAAGCCAGAUAUGGAGGAAGGUCUCAGAGGAAGCUAUGCUUGUGCGGUGAUGGCAGAUAAAAUAUACCUAAAUAAUGGUAAUAAAAGCUACGUGUACGAGCCAAGGGAAAGUAAAUGGGAAACAGACGAUAUGCUGAGUUCCAUGUUUUGGGAGCAUGCAUGUGUGGUUGAUGAUGUAUUGUACUAUCAUGAUCGGGCCAUGAACACCUUAAGAGCGUAUGAUCCAAAUCAGAAGUCUUGGGGAGUGGUGGAAGGCUUGAAAGAACUGUUGGCUGAGACAAGAGAUCUACAGUGGUGGUCGUAUACUGUGAAUUACGGUGGGAAUAUGGCUCUCCUUUUCAGUAGAACAGGUAAGAUUUGGUGCGCUGAGAUUUCACUGGAAAGACGUCAAGGAGGGGAGAUUUGGGGUAAAGUUAAGUGGCCUGAUCAUGUUUUCACUGGAAAAUCUGGAAUUAGUAAAUCUCUAACUGUUAUGGUUUGA